AUGAUUCCCUCUCCUGUACUUUAUCAUCAACCAUUACCAGAUCCUUCUACAAGCAUGUGUCCUACCUAUAUGGAAGCGGUGCGAUGGUUGCUUUAUUUGAUUUCACUGUCCAUAUUACUCACAAUUAAGGGACCUCCCGCAUCUUUUUUCAAGACUCAAUUGCUGCUAUGCAGAUGUGAAGCAGGUGCUGUUGAAUGCGAGAUUGCUUUGAAUCGGCGUUUCGGGUUGGGAUUUGUCAAUGCAUCCAAGGAGGUCUUUUUCUUGGAUAAUACUAGUAUUUACCCACCGAGCUUGUUAUGUAUGAAGCAAGCCAAGUCAUUCUAUCUAUCUACUUCAUCUAGGUAG